GCAUUUUCUUCUUCAAGUCCAUUUAUUACGAUCUUACGCUCUUUAAACCACGUCUACGAACCGGAUCACAUACACGGCGAACGAAGUAAUAAAACAAAACUAUCAUGGGAUUUUUAAAGAAAUUCUUCUCGAUCGGGGGUAAGAAGUCAAAGAGAAGGGGAUUGGCACAUCAUGAACAUGAACCCCUGCCUUCACUGCAGCCUCCUUUAGAGGAAGAUGCUGAGGCGGCAGUCAGCCGACUUUUGCGCUCAUCUUCAGCGCGUUUUGGUAUCGAAUCAGUAUUUUCGAGGAUCUACCAUCUUCCUCGAAUUCUUAUCUCCAGUGUUUCCCAACGCAGCACUUACACAGUCACUGUACACGGCCGCACAGUUCACAGCCGUACCGAGUUCCCAAAUGCAUACCCUCCUAUGGAAAACCUUGCCACUCCCAAACGAAAUACAAACGACUCCGCACGACGCCGCGCUAAAAGCGUACCUAUCACUCCCCGCGAUCAGAAUCCGCCUCCUUCCUUGCUCAAUGUUUAUGAUGAGAAUGGAUGCUUAGACUCUUGCGUCUUUUCAAAUACCCCGCCUGCCACAGGAACUGACGGACGCCUGCAAAGACGUCGCACUGGCUCGACCUUUCGCCAACUAUUAGGUCACCCGUCUACCCCUGAACUGCGCGAUAACAGCGACAUUGAAUGGGCCGAGAGUGUCCUAUGUGAAACAGAUGAUGAUUCUUCCGCGUCUUUCUCUGACCUUAAAACACCUCGCGACCCUCAUUUCCUUUCUACUCACUUCAACCACGCCAACCACAGCAUCACACUCUCUACUGAAUGCGACACCUCUGCACAAAAUCAACAGACCUUCUCCUCUCUUGAGGUAGAGCCCAGCGCCUCUACCGAAAUCACCCACCACGUCCAUGUCAAUUCGCCUUAUCAGAAUCUAAACACUACUCAACGUGCCUCCCAGAUCUUUGGGUUCCUCGUUGACAAGAAGAAGACUGCUGAAGAACGACCCUCGAGGCUGCCGACGCGGAAAGUCACUCCUCCUUCGCACAUUAUGUUAGAUUUGGCACCCAGCGACGUUCAACACCCCGAUAUUCCUCCUCCCAGCGAUACACAACAACCUGAAUCCUUUCAUGUCGACAUCACUUCACAACUCGUAUUCCCUUCUUCGCAGCCCAUGCCAUCUGCACGAGCUCAACACGAAGAACUAUUGCAGCCCAUCCUACACGUAGAACCCGAACUUGUUACUAUCAACCAUACUGGCCAGAGCAGUAGCAGUGGACAAAGCGGUCGAGGUCCGCGCGGUCCACGUGCUUUGACCAAGAUACCCUCGCGAUCCAAGUCGAAUCCCAGCCAACCGCAGGAUACUCUGCCACCUCUACCAGAUAUCAAGGCUGAGGACACUUCUUACAGACACGCUUUCGGAGAGAAGUCAAAUGCUGACGGCAGAUAUCCAGGCUUCGUUGCCGUUACCAGUGGAAACGGGGCCCGUUCAAUUACUACUUCAUCUCGUCCACUUUCGCGUUCCAAAGUUGUUGACGUGAAUGCCGAUAGUCAGCUCCCCACCCUUGCACGCAACGGCUCGUCACUUCAUUCUUUCGCGAGUGCGCCAUCUCUUGCGAAGAAUAAAUCAAAAGUCGAAUCAUCGUCAUCCACAAACACGCCUCCGCACGAUAAAGAGAACGAAAUCACAUCGCAGCCUCCCCAGCUAAAGACACCUAUACGGCCCUUCGGUUUCCGUCCUCCGUACUUGCAGGACAAAGCUUCGCCUGCAUCGUCUUCUGAGUUAUCCCCCUUGGGAAAGCAGAUUAUGACGAAUUUACGACUGCAGCGGAUGCAGGCACGUCAGAAGGAGCGGCAGACAGGUCGCUUGGGCAGCGCUCAUAGUCGUAUUCGGUAUUAAGGACUUUUAGUUUCUAUCUUGUUAUCUCUUUGUUUUCUAGAGCUCUGAUAUGUUUUCUCCGUUAUCUGUAAUAUCUAUCGUUAUGAAUGACUGAAUCACAU